GCCCCAAUAGGGGAAAGCUAUUCCAGCACACACGGCUGCGUUUUCAAAGCUCGAAGCCGAAACCUUUGGUUAAGCUAGAACAACUCCCUUGUCAGUUGAUCUAAGCAUGUGGUAAGAUGAACAACUCCCUCUGGUUAAGUACUAGGCCUCUGGGGGAGUAGCCCUGUGCGAGGGCAGUCCAAAGGAUAUUUAUUCAUCUUACCAUAAAUUCCCAAAAGGAAGUCAAAAAAUAUAUAUUAUUAUAUAUUAGUCUAUUAGAAAGUACUAAUAGAAAAAGAAAUGGGUCACAUAAGACACGUUUAAGGAAGGCAUUAUGGUUGAAGAAAUCAAACACGACAAUUGGCAAGCAAGACAUAAUACACAAACUUUGGCGCACCCCUGAGUUGAUGAGAUUAUAUUGAUCGAGCGAGGAACACGAGAGAAAGAAGUUGCAAAAGAUAGUGGAGCAACGAUGCUCUUGUCUUUCCUUGGAACUUAAACUCUUUAUUUUCUUUGACAAAAGAAUUUUGAUAAAAAGAGAAAGAGUAUGAUAAAUUUGAUAUAACUGGAAGUCGUCUAAGACAAUUCAGUACGGAGAAGGAGAUUUCGGUCCAUAUAUAUACAAGUUUAAAGGAGGUUCCAUACUAAAAUUAAUUGGCAAUAAUAGGAGUAGCUCCUCUCGCUUAUAUUGUGAUACUUUCUUCAAUGUGGGACAACUCACAUAUGCACAACAUUCGUGGGGUAGUGAGUGAGAGAUAUUCUGUGUGAUCUGGUACUAAGAGUUUGGUACCAUCCACGUGUGAUAUCAACUCUCUUGGUGUUCUAUAAAACUGCUCAAUUAUCUGUCACUAAAACAAACAAAAAAAAUACUAUAAAAAGGAAAAAAACAAACAGGGCACCUGAUCAAAGUGAGUGAACUAAAGAGAGUGAGUGAGUAAGUAAGUGGAAUUUUUUGAGUUAAACAAACUUGAGUUUUUAGCGGUGUUCCUAAGUUUUAGACAGAAAUAAGCAUAAAAGUGGGAAGAAAUUUAUGAGAUUUAAGUGAUUUAGUGAGUGAGUUUAUUGUAAAUUUAUCCAAGAAAAAAACAAAGAAAUUAUGGGAGAACAGAUUAGGAGUGAAGAAUGGCUGCCAGAAGGAUGGAAGAUUGAGAUCAGAGUUAGAAAAAGUGGCAAAAAAGAUAGAUACUACACUGAUCCUGUAAAUGGGUAUAUAUUCCGGUCUCUAAAGGACAUUGAUCGAUAUCUUCUAUCAGGAAAGUUAGGAAAGCAUGUAACCAAGAACAAACCGAAAGGCUUAGACAGCGACAGCACGGAAAUGAUUUCUAUUCAGCAUACUGAUGUACCAAAAAAGAAGAAAUCGAUCAAGUCGAAUGGAGGCAAAAAGUUAUGUGAAACUGCUGCUCAAGGACUGAAAAAAGACAAGAGCAAACCUGAGAGAGAAAGAGCCGGAGCUAAAGACUCGGAGGAGAUAGAGAAGAAAACGAUCAGUAGAUCUUCGAAAGGAGGGAGAAGUACUUCUAGACAAAGGAGGAGAAGAGAUUCCACUCCUUUCUUUAUACUUGAUCCAGAUCACUGUGAAGACAGCAGCGGACUCAGCAUUCCGAAUCUAUCAGAAAUCAUAGAUUCAAUGCUCAAGGAAAAGGAUGGAGCUAAAACAGUCUAUCUUUCUGCUCCAGCCAUUGGAUCCCUUCUUGGAGAAAAACUGUCAGACACCUGGACUAAUAACAGCAACAAGAAGCCUAAGUUUGCUGUCAACAUAUGCAAAGACAAUGGUAUAAACUCCAACAAGCAGUCUUGUAUGCCUUCUGAUUCCCUUGUAAAGAAUGAAGAUUGGGAGUCCAGAAGCGUUACAAGGCCUUAUCAUCUGGAGCCAUUCCCACUAGAGUGCAGCAAUAUGAGCAUUACUGAGAGUAAGCCAAAGGAAGAAGGCCAGGAAUGCCCGGGUUUUGUGGAUUUGUUCGAUGAUCCAUGCAUCGAUUUUGCGAUAAAAACUCUCACUGGCAACAGUUCUUUGGGCGUUUAAGAGGUUGCUACUUCGAGCUUUCAAACACUUAGGUAUAAUACAAUGUGGAGGAAAGAAAAUGUAAGGAAGAUCUUUCAUUUGAAAGAAUAGGAUCUUUGGUUUGGUUUCGUUCCUUUGAUCAUUAAAUUUUCCAAGUAACACUAGUUAGAACUUAGGAUGUAACUUCUUUCAUUCUCUUGUAACAUGUUAAUGAAUAAUGACAAUAUAUCAAACAGUAACUAUGUUGUAAUAGUCUAAUAGAUGUACCUGAUAUCAGGUGUGUAUUAACUGCAAUAAACUUCUGUAAUAGAUGUAUCUGAUGUUUUUUUGUUUU